GAAAGAAAGAAAGAGCGCGCGUGUGAUGUGUUUGUGUAUCAUCAGUGUUUUUCUCUCUUGCGUGUUUCAUUGAGUGUAAACAGAGUUUUGUCUUUUUGUAUUUAAGCGAAAGUUAAGCAAAAAUCUCUCAGCUGAAGAAAGAGGUGGCGUUACUGGAGACAAUGCUGAGGUCAAGAGGAGAUUUAGCAAUGAAACGAGAGGAUGUGGAUUGUUGUGAAUCUUCAGUGUAUGUGACUGAUGAUGGGAGUCUGGAUUCAGUGUGGAUGAGCAGAGAUCAGAGCCACACACCACAGCCACUGCUGGACUCUAAACUCUCUGAAGAGAAAUCCAGACACACACAGGACUCCGAUCUCAGUCUGACUUUACUCUCAGAAAUCAAAACUGAACCCACAGAAAUCAAAACUGAACCCACAGAAAUCAAAACUGAACCCACAGAAAUCAAAACUGAACCUAAAGAAAUCAAAAGUGAACCUAAAGAAAUCAAAACUGAACCCACAGAAGAGGAAGAUCGCCCUGAUGAAAAUGAUGACUUUAUUACAUCAGAUGUGAAGAGUGAUUCAUGUUUGGAUAUAGAAAUAACGUCCUCAACAUCAAAAGAGCGACUGACAGCACAAACUCUUUCCUGCAUCACCUGUGGAAAGACAUUCAGCUCACAGAGACUUUUAGAGAGACAUGAGAGAAAACACACAGAACAGAAACUCUUCAACAGAUCUGAGAUCAGCUUUACUACCUUACAAGAGAAGAAACUUCAUUCAGAAGACCACAGAGAGAAGAAGAAGAAGAAGCAGCAGUUUCACUGUGAGCAGUGUGGGAGGAUUUGUGUCUCUUCCUGUAAACUAAAUAUUCACAUGAGGAUACACAGUGGUGAAAAGCCUUACAAGUGUCCUCACUGUGAGAAAAGAUUUAGCCGUGAACGUGUUCUGAAGACACAUGUGCUUUCACACACCAAUGAGAGACCGUAUCAGUGCAGUGAAUGUGGAAAAACCUUUAGGGAUUCAAGUUUAUUAAAAAAACACCAGAAUAUUCACUUUAAAGAGAAACUCUAUCAGUGUUCAUACUGUGAUAAACGUUUCUGUCAUAACUAUAAGCUGAUAAUCCAUGAGAGAGUUCACACUGGAGAGAAACCUUACGUCUGCGCUCAUUGUGGAAAGAGCUUCACUAAUACAUCUAAUUUAAGAGUUCAUCAGAGAGUUCAUACUGGAGAGAAACCUUACGUCUGUGCUCACUGUGGAAAGAGCUUCUCUUAUUCAUCUCAUUUAAGAGUUCAUAAGAGAGUUCAUACUGGAGAGAAACCUUAUCGCUGUAGUGUCUGUGGGAAGAGAUUUAGUGUAAAGCAUAACUUACUAAAGCACAAGAGACUUCAUACAGGUGAAAAACCUUUCAAAUGCUCUCAGUGUGGCAAGACGUUUACUUGUCCAAGUAGCUUAAAAAUCCAUGAGAGAGUUCAUACUGGAGAGAAACCUUAUCACUGUAGUAUCUGUGGGGAGAGUUUUGGACAACAGUCUACAUUACUAAAUCACAAGAGAAUUCAUACAGGUGAAAAACCUUUCAAAUGCUCUCAGUGUGACAAGACUUUUUCUCAGUCAGGUCACUUAAAAUCUCAUCAGAGACUUCAUACUGGAGAGAAACCUUAACACUUUAGUGUCUGUGGGAAGAGUUUAUUAACAGUCAAACUUUGUAAAGCACCAGUGACAUAAUACGGUUAUGACACCAAAAACUUGCAACGUAUAAAGUUUUAAAUUUUGUUAAAAAACACGUUAAUAGUAAGAAAAAAUAAUCAAAUUAUGAUCAAUAUUGCUGAAAAAUACUUUCUCUUUCUAUUUACUCACUCUCAUGUUGUUACAGACCGGUAUAAAUUUUUUUGUUCUGAUCAACACAAAGUAAGAUAUUUUGAGGAAUGUUUCGAAAUCAAAACAUUUAUGAGCUCCAUUCACUUCCAUAGUUUUUUUUAAUAGGGCUCACGAUCGGUUUGGUUAGAAACCGAUCCUCAAAAUAUCUUCCUUUGAACUAAUUGAACGUCUGACCGAACAUCUUAAACUAUUAGCGCCUAGCGUCUGGGGCCCAUGUGAUGACCUAACAUGAUGUCAGUGCCUUAAAAUUAGCGUUUUAGGUGCCAAGCUGUUAAAAAGUGUGUGUGUGUAUGUGUCCGGGAGCAAACAAAAUAGUGUUAAUAAAAUAUGAAAAGCAACAUGAAUUAACACAUUUAUCAUUUUUAUGUCACAUUUAUCUUUUUUAAGAACUCAUUAAUUUUAUAUUGUGUGCUAUGUGAUUUUUCUAAUUGGUUUUAAUGUAUUUAUGUCAUGGGACCACAAUGUCAUUAAUUGUUCAUUUAAGAAAGGAACUGUUCAGAUUAUUCAGUAAAUUCAUUGUUCAUUUUUACAAUGAUUACGUCUCCUGACUUCUGCUAUAGGCCUAUUCUCUUGGCUGGUAAAUGAAAGUUUACAUAAUUAUUCAGUAUUUUGUCAGUCUUUUUUUAUUUCUAGGAAAGUUAAAUGACCUGUUAUCGCAUUGAGAUCAUCUUGACCAGAUGCACAGUGUGAUAUGGUAGCACAACAGAAAUUAACUGCAAGAGCUUGUACAGAGGAGUAAAGACUGCUGAGAGGAACACCACUAUUUGAGUAUAGGUUGCAUAAUGUACAAGUUUCUCACACUUUCACUGCCCAGACACCAUAUAUUGUAUAACAGGUUUCUUUUUACUUUAUUAUUAUGACAAACGAGUUACAAUAGUCUAUUCUAGAGGUCAUAAAAGCAUGGAUAAGCUUCUCUGCAUCUGAUGCAGACAACAUAUGGCGUAUUUUUGAGAUAUUUCUAAGGUGGAAGAAUGCUGUGCGGCAGACAUUGGAGAUAUGGCUGUCGAAGGAUAAAUUUCUG